GGAAGCGACGAAUGAGGACGAAGAUGGCAGACUUCGAUUCCCCUCAAAAGCUGUCAGGCGUCCCUCGGCCGCCUGACGGGGUGGGAGGAGGCAGCUGCUCAGAAAUCUCCACCGAGCUCAUUCGCUCCCUGACCGAGCUGCAGGAGCUGGAGGCUGUGUACGAACGGCUCUGCGGCGAGGAGAAAGUGGUGGAGAGAGAGCUGGAUGCUCUUUUGGAGCAGCAAAAUACCAUUGAAAGUAAAAUGGUCACCCUCCACCGGAUGGGUCCAAAUCUACAGUUGAUUGAAGGAGAUGCAAAGCAGCUGGCUGGAAUGAUCACCUUUACCUGCAACCUAGCUGAGAAUGUGUCAAGCAAAGUCCGUCAGCUUGACCUGGCCAAGAAUCGCCUCUAUCAAGCCAUUCAGAGAGCUGAUGACAUCUUGGACCUGAAGUUCUGCAUGGAUGGAGUUCAGACUGCUUUGAGAAAUGAAGAUUAUGAGCAGGCUGCAGCCCACAUUCAUCGCUACUUAUGCCUAGACAAGUCAGUCAUCGAGCUCAGCCGACAGGGCAAAGAAGGCAGCAUGAUUGAUGCCAACCUGAAACUGCUGCAGGAAGCCGAGCAGCGUCUCAAAGCCAUUGUCACAGAGAAGUUUGCCGUUGCCACAAAGGAAGGGGAUCUGCCCCAGGUGGAGCGCUUCUUCAAGAUCUUCCCACUGCUGGGUUUGCAUGAGGAGGGAUUAAGCAAGUUCUCAGAAUAUCUUUGCAAGCAGGUGGCCAGUAAAGCUGAGGAGAACCUCCUGCUGGUUUUAGGCACAGACAUGAGUGAUCGAAGAGCUGCAGUCAUCUUUGCAGAUACACUGACUCUUCUGUUUGAAGGAAUUGCCCGAAUUGUGGAGACCCAUCAGCCAAUAGUGGAAACAUAUUAUGGGCCAGGCAGACUUUAUACGCUGAUAAAAUACCUGCAGGUGGAAUGUGACAGACAGGUAGAGAAGGUGGUAGACAAGUUCAUCAAGCAGAGGGACUACCGACAGCAGUUUCGGCAUGUCCAGAGCAACUUGAUGAGAAAUUCUACAUCAGAAAAAAUAGAGCCAAGGGAACUGGAUCCUAUCCUGACUGAGGUCACCCUGAUGAAUGCCCGCAGUGAGCUCUACCUACGCUUCCUCAGGAAAAGGAUCAGCUCAGAUUUUGAGGUGGGGGACUCCAUGGCCUCAGAAGAAGUCAAACAAGAGCACCAGAAGUGCCUGGACAGACUCCUCAAUAACUGCCUACUGAGCUGCACCAUGCAGGAGCUCAUUGGUCUAUAUAUCACCAUGGAGGAGUACUUCAUGAGGGAGACUGUCAACAAGGCUGUGGCGCUGGACACCUAUGAGAAGGGCCAGUUGACAUCCAGCAUGGUGGAUGACGUCUUCUACAUUGUUAAGAAGUGCAUCGGCCGGGCCCUGUCUAGCUCCAGCAUCGACUGCCUCUGCGCCAUGAUCAACCUCGCCACCACAGAGCUGGAGUCUGACUUCAGGGACGUCCUGUGUCACAAGCUGCGGAUGGGCUUCCCAGCCACCACCCUGCAGGACAUCCAGCGCGGGGUGACCAGUGCCGUGAGCAUCGUGCACAGCAGCCUCCAGCAGGGCAAGUUCGGCACCAAAGGCAUCGAGAGCACCGACGAGGCCAAGCUGUCCUUCCUGGUGACGCUGAACAACGUGGAAGUCUGCAGUGAAAAUAUCUCCACUUUGAAAAAGACGCUGGAGGAGGGCCACAUAACAAUGGAAGUUACUUGGGCUUGUCAGUCAGAUACUCCUGAGUUCACAUCUCCAUUUGACCACUGGCCAGCUGUGGGGCCUGAGAGUGACUGCACCAAGCUGUUCAGCCAAGGCAUUGGAGGGGAGCAGGCCCAGGCCAAGUUUGACAGCUGCCUUUCUGACUUGGCUGCCGUGUCCGGCAAAUUCCGAGACCUCUUGCAGGAAGGGCUCACAGAGCUGAACAGCACAGCCAUCAAGCCGCAGGUGCAGCCUUGGAUCAACACCUUCCUCUCUGUCUCCCACAAUAUCGAGGAGGAGGAAUUCAGUGACUAUGAGGCCAACGAUCCUUGGGUUCAACAGUUCAUCCUUAAUCUGGAGCAGCAAAUGGCAGAGUUCAAGGUGAGCAAGGGCUCUCGGGACCAGUCUGUAGAAUUCGCCACCUUUGCCAAAUCAGCCGCCCUGAGGCUUCUCAUCGCACUCCUGCUGGGAGCCCUGGAUGCCCUUCCAAGCCCCAGGCUGUGGAAGCACUCCCGACAGCUCGUAUGGAGGCAGAGGGGCAAGGUGGGACCCCCACUGACGUCCAGUCUCUGCGUGCAGGCCGGCCUGUCCCCAGUCAUCUACGACAGCCUGACCAGCCUCGUGACCAGCCUCAUCACAGUCGAGUUGGAGAGAGUGGUGCUGAAGUCCACCUUCAACCGGCUGGGCGGUCUGCAGUUUGACAAGGAGCUAAGGUCACUCAUUGCCUACCUCACCACAGUGACCACCUGGACCAUCCGAGACAAGUUUGCCCGGCUCUCCCAGAUGGCCACGAUCCUCAAUCUGGAGCGGGUGACAGAGAUCCUAGAUUACUGGGGCGCCAACUCGGGCCCGCUGACGUGGCGCCUCACGCCUGCUGAAGUGCGCCAGGUGCUGGCCCUGCGCAUAGACUUCCGCAGCGAGGACAUCAAGAGGCUGCGCCUGUAGCUGCCGCAUGAGCCCAGCCGGUUCCCCUGCUGGCAGCGGGGAAACAAGGCCUCGACUCAGGCCAUUCUCUGUUCUCAGGCCUGUCGGGGUGCUUUAGGGGACAGUGUCUCCCCAUAGAGAGAGGUAGGUCUGCCCUGGCUCCUAACUAGGUGGGACCGCCAGGCGGGCCAGCCUUCCACACGGAGGGCCAUCCUCUCGUCCUUGGAUGUGGCGGCACGAGAGCUGCCUCCCUGCCAGUUCCAAAGGACUCGGACCUGGGGACCUGAGGUUUACUCCAAAGCGAGGCUGUGAUAUUUAUGACCGCCCUGAAUAAACAGGCUCCUUGGAGAGAG